AUGGCAGGAGGUGACUCUGGAACACAGCACAAGUUCACUAGUAUUCAGAAAUACUUCAAUUCCUACACCAUAACAGGCAGAAUAGCUACAUAUGCAAGCAUUGCCAUGGUCAUUUUAUAUUUCAAACUAAAGCCUAAAAAACAAACUCCAGCGGUGACAGAAAAUAGUGGUUGCUGGAGCCAGCCAAUCACCCUUCAAAUUCAACUCCCCAAAGUUCCCAACGAGAACUGGGAUGGAGCUCGCAUCCCGGACUCUGAGCCUCUGUGUCCGGGCACCCUGCAGCAUAUGUUCUUCUAG